ACUCAUGAUUUUCAGGUGUAUGAAUGGAUGUUCAUUGCGGACACGAUUAAUUCGAUAAAUCGUACACUCGAGUGGUCUCCUUAUGCACUCUUGGACAAAUUGGGAAAUCAAUUAUCCGGAAAACAUGAGGACACAUUGUUAAGUUCGGAAGACUUACCAAGUGGUCCACACUUGAAGUCGAGGUCGUUACUAUCAUCAACUACAUCUGUUGCGAUUAACGAGGGAAGACGUCCAAUGUUAACCUUGCGAAGUAUUAGUAGCAUAAAUCAAUUGGAAUCUUUCCUCAAGGACAUAAGUUUAUACGUGUACCAAUCGACAUAUACACUUGCAGAACCUGAU